AUGAUGGGAUGCUGGAUUUUCAAUGAGAGUCUCUCCAUCAUAUUAGUAAUCUCCUGGCUGGGCGUGAAUUUAUAUCUGUUUAUCGACACCUUCUGUUGGUACGAAGAGGAAGAGUCUUUCCUUUACACACGAGUUAUUCUGGGUUCAACACUGGCUUGGGCACGAGCUUCUGCUGUAUGCCUGAAUUUCAACUGCAUGCUAAUUCUAUUACCAAUCAGCCGAAACCUUAUUUCAUUCAUCAGAGGGACAAGCAUCUGCUGUAGAGGACCAUGGAGAAGGCAAUUAGACAAAAACCUCAAAUUCCACAAACUGGUCGCCUAUGGGAUAGCUGUUAAUGCAACCAUCCACAUCGUGGCUCAUUUGUGCAAUCUGGAGCGCUACCACUCCAGCCAGUCGGCGGAAGCAGAGGGACUUCUGGUUGCGCUUUCCAAACUUGGCGACGCCCCAAAUGAGAGCUACCUCAACCCCAUCCGGACCUUCCACACUAACACAACCACUGAGUUGCUAACGACAAUCGCGGGCAUUACUGGCCUGAUGAUCUCUCUGGCUUUAAUCUUGAUCAUGACCUCUUCUACCGAGUUCAUCAGACAGGUCUCCUAUGAGUUGUUCUGGUACACACACCAUGUUUUCAUCAUCUUCUUUAUCAGUCUGGCUAUCCACGGGGCAGGUCGGAUUGUUAGAGGCCAAACUCCAGAGAGUGUCUUGCUGCACAACGCUACCUUCUGUAGAGACCGCCAUGCGGAAUGGCGGCCAGCGACCCGGUGCCCAGUGCCUCAAUUCUCAGGCAAGGAGCCUUCGGCUUGGAAAUGGGUUUUAGGCCCUGUGGUCUUAUAUGCAUGUGAAAGAAUAAUUAGGUUCUGGCGAUUCCAACAAGAAGUUGUCAUCACCAAGGUGGUCAGCCAUCCUUCUGGAGUCCUAGAACUUCACAUGAAAAAGCGUAACUUUAAAAUGGCGCCAGGACAGUACGUCUUGAUACAGUGCCCGUCCAUAUCCUCGCUGGAAUGGCACCCCUUCACCCUUACCUCUGCUCCCCAGGACGACUUCUUCAGUGUGCACAUCCGCGCAGCAGGAGACUGGACGGAAGCUUUAUGUAAGGCCUUUGGGGCUGAGGGACAGGCCCUCAAGGAGCCCUGGAGACUGCCAAGGCUGGCUGUGGACGGGCCAUUCGGAGCCACGCUGACCGACGUGUUUCACUAUCCCGUGAGCGUGUGCAUUGCUGCGGGAAUAGGGGCCACUCCCUUCGCCUCCCUCCUGAAAUCCCUGUGGUACAAGUGUUAUGAGUCACACACCCAGCUGAAGCUGAGCAAGGUGUAUUUCUAUUGGAUUUGCCGGGAUCCAACGGCUUUUGAGUGGUUUGCUGAUCUCUUGCUCUCACUGGAAACGUGCAUGAGUGAGAGAGGGAAAACUCGCUUUCUGAGUUAUCACAUAUUUCUUACUGGCUGGGAUGAAAAUCAGGCUGUUCACAUAGCUUUACACUGGGAUGAAAAUACUGAUGUGGUUACGGGGUUAAAGCAGAAAACCUUCUAUGGAAGACCCAACUGGAACAACGAGUUUCGACAGAUUGCCUACAAUCACCCCAGCAGCAACAUUGGCGUCUUCUUCUGUGGACCCAAAACCCUCUCAAAGACACUUCAAGGGAUGUGCCGUUUAUAUUCAUCAGCUGACCCCCGGGGGGUCCAUUUUUAUUACAACAAGGAAAGCUUCUAG